CGCCGUAACUAUCUAAACAGCCAAGACCAUAACUAUUCAAUUCUCCAAAACAAACAGCAAUAGGGUGAGGUGCAAGCUCGACUACGAAUCGCCUCACGCAAAAAUGUCCGCAACGAUCACGAAAAUAUUGAUAAAAACUCAUCACAUGACUUCCAGAAAGAAAAUAUUGGCAAUCACGAAAGUGGCGAAAAAGCUGGAGUGUGCGGUUAUGUUGAAAACGGGGCCGCCGCUGGAGGGUGAUAGUUGCGAAGGGUGUGAGUGAGGAGGCGGAGGUUGUUAAGGUGUGUGGUUGGUGUUUUUGUCUUCUGAAGGGGUGUGCGUAGCGUGUAUUGCAUCGGGACCGCGUUUUUCGGAACUCAUGUAAAUCCUCAGCAGUGAAACUAGAAUAAUCGAACUACGACAUGCAGAGUAGGCAGAGAGUCAACGUUACAUCAAACCCCAGAAAUUCCGCUACAAAGACUUUGAACUCAUGAAAAAAGAAGUCGUCGACAAGAGACGACUGCUCGUACCCUCAGGCACCGUUCAAGCGAUCACAAGUCUAAAAGACUUCAGGAAAGAAAUAGUUAAGGACGAGGUAUUGGGUGCAUGGUGGAGAACGGGAAUGGGGUUCGUGAGUCAGGAAGAGGGAAGCGGUAACAUCGUAUGAAUUGCGGAAUUCACUUCUUUGGAGUGGUUUCAUACAUUGACUCUCGGGGUAUGAAGCGGCUUGUCGAUGGGGUACAAAUAUCUUGUCUUGGGGAACUGAGAUUUCUUGAAUAUGACAAGAAAUCUGAGACUACGAGAUCACGAUGUUGUCGAUUCUUGGUGAUGCAAGUAGGAAAUCGGAAUGCGUGGAUGAUUUGGUUACCACGCCUGUGCCAGGAAACAUCGACGAUGAUGUUAUUUCGCCGCUUUCUCCUCAAAAAGUUAGUGUUACCAUUGUUUUCUUUGUUAUGUAUACUCCUUUUAGGAGGGUGUUUUUAACCUUUCAACACUUUGAGCUCAAUCCCUUUUUCGAGCACGACAAAGUCCAUAUAUUUGAGCAGCUACAACGUCUAACAUUAAUUAUUCGCACACAGCAGCUAACUGAAUCUAAAUUUGCAGCUACUUCUCCAAGAUCAACAACCACCAAGCUCAUCAUCUAUCUACCCUGAAACAGCUCGUUAAAUCACUUACAACCAAAUCAUCUAUGACCAAGUCCCCUUUAGCCAAAAUACUACGACCAACCCACCGACAACGAAACCACCUUCGAAGUCCCACCACUUCAGGUCCGAGAAGCACGCUCCAACGACCACCAACCCCUCCGAUGAACCAUACUCCGAUAUCCGAAGAGCACACUCCCUAAUAACGCUCACCAACCCCCACCUCGCGUGGACACCCCCUGCCCGCCUCUCCCUCACACCCAUUCCCCCAGCCCUCUCACCCAUACCCAUACCCAUGCCCGCAUUUCCCAAGCACCCUAGGAGAAGAGCUAAACCCUCUCCGCGACCGCCAAAUACACGACGCAGAACCUCCUCUCAUUUCUCCCGUCUCCCCGAUCACGCCCAUUCCCGUCACCGAGCCUGAGCCCAUGACCGCAUUGCCAAGACCAAAUCUUCUACGAGCGGAGAUAAAUGUUCCAGCGGUGCGCGAUACGAGGGCAGCGUUAACGCUAGAGUACGAUAAGUUGUGGCUAGAGGUUGGAAAAAGAGGUGAUCCGAAGGGGAUGGGGGGGAUGGAGU